GUGGACGGCGGAGGCAUCAGCCGGAGAUCCCGACAUCUCCGAGCCGCGUGCGAGAUGGCGAGAGAGCGCGAAACCGAACACGUUGAAGGCGAAGCUGAUUGAAGCAAGGCUAGAAGGGCAGAAAUCUCGUACUUGGAAAGCGACGUGAUUUACGACUCAAAAAUCGUCGGAAUCUCCCAUUUGCAACGACGAGGGAUUGCUGAUGGCGGCAGCGACUUUCAGAUACUUGGUGCAGCUACACCGAGACGUUCCGAAAGCGGCGAGAUUCUAUUCGGAGGGCCUCGGCUUCACCAUUGAUGUCUGCACUCUGCGAUGGGCCGAGCUCCACUCCGGCCCGCUCAAGCUCGCCCUCCUCCAUAAUCCCCGCAAUGUUAUGACUUUUUUGUUCAAACUUCAAAGCGACCAUGUUGAAAACAAGGGUUAUUCAUCGCUCCUGUCAUUUACAGUAACAGACAUCAAUAGUUCUGUGACGAAGCUGAUGACCUUAGGUGCCGAACUGGAUGGCCCGAUCAAGCACGAAAUCCAUGGAAAGGUGGCGGCAAUGAGGUGCGCUGAUGGGCACGUCUUGGGUCUAUACGAGCCUGCUUAGAAGCUCCAAAUAUGCGUAUUGCAACAACAUGACAAAUUUGAUGGAUGCUCGAUUGCAUAGACGCGUGCUCCUGGUAUGCAACGACGCAAACGCCUUAGAUUUUACGCUUUGGAUUCUAUUCUGUGAUAGCUUUCUGAUUCAUGGAUCGAUCCUAGGCAGCAAUUCUGUUAUGAAUCUUGAAGUUGGUUAGAUCUUUGGUACAACUUUGUUGCAGUGUUCAUUGCCAAAGGAUAUGCAGUUUGAGUGCUUCAAAUUGAUUUUGAAAGGGCUGUUGCUUGUCAAGACUCGUUUUUGAAUAAUCAAAGCUGCUCAUCAUCAUCAUGUGAAA